UUUUUCCUUUCUGAUAAAAAAAAAAUGUGCGCCUUAAUAAGGAAUCCCAAAACCAUCCACACACACAAAUCAAUAGCCCACUUCGUUCAAGACUCCAAAGGCUCCAAACAAAGGCCGCAAAAGCUCCGCACCUCAAACCAAAAGCACAAAAUGGGAAGCUCUGUAUAUGUCAAGGAGGCCGUCGUGGUCAUCCCCUGUGAGCCAACUCCAGCUCGUGUCCUCACUCUCUCAGCUAUUGAUUCCCAGCUCUUCCUUCGCUUCACCAUCGAGUAUCUCUUGGUGUACAGGCCGGCUCGCCCCGGUUUGGAACAUGAUGUACAUCUGGCCACUUCUCGUCUCAAGGCUGCUCUAGCACAAGCCUUGGUGCCAUACUACCCGUUAGCCGGAAGAGUCAGAGCUAAGCCCGAUGGUUCGAGCCUUGAGGUGGUUUGUAGAGCUCAAGGUGCGUUAUUCAUUGAGGCCAUAUCUGAUAGAUACACAAUUAGCGACUUUGAAAGAGCUCCAAAGUCUGUCAACCAAUGGAGGAAGCUACUGUCCCUCCACGUGGCUGACGUUCUCAAAGGGGCCCCACCUCUCGUUGUCCAGCUGACGUGGCUGAAGGACGGAGCAGCGACGGUGGGCGUCGGAAUCAACCAUUGUCUCUGUGAUGGAAUCGGUAGCGCUGAGUUCCUCAACUCGUUCGCAGAGUUGGCUUCUCAGAAACGCGGACUUGCCGAAUUAAAACCUAUGCCCGUCUGGCAGCGCCACCUCUUGGACCCACUGCCUGUAAGGUCUCCACAUGAUAUAUCGGUGACCCAUCUCGAGUUCACCCGAGUUCCUGACCUUUGUGGGUUCCUGACUCGCUUCUCGAACGAAAGGCUCGCCCCUACUUCAACCACGUUCAAUGAACGGUAUCUCAACGAGCUCAAGAACUUAGCUACUUGUGCGAGUCUACCCACCGAGUUAUCUUACACGUCAUUCGAGGUUCUUUCUGCACAUAUUUGGCGGAGCUGGGCUAGAUCACUAAACUUACCUUCAAAUCAAGUUUUGAAAAUCCUCUUCAGUGUUAACGUUCGUGAGCGAGUGAAGCCGGGUAUACCCAGUGGAUACUACGGCAAUGCUUUUGUACUCGGUUGCGCGGAAGCGAGCGUUAAAGAUCUGGUUGAAAAGGGCUUAGGCAAUGCCUCCGCUCUGGUUAAAAGCGCGAAAGAAAGAGUAAACACGGAGUACGUAAGAAGGGUCGCGGCGUCUGUGAGUGAGUCUGCAGCGAGUCCUGACUCAGUGGGUGUACUCAUUGUUUCACAAUGGUCAAGGCUAGGGUUAGAGAAGGUUGACUUUGGCAUGGGAGUCCCACAUCAUGUUGGACCCAUUUGCUGUGAUAGGUACUGCCUGUUUUUGCCAGUUCUUGAUCAGAAGGACGCUGUGAAGGUGAUGGUGGCAAUCCCCACAAGUGCCGUUGACAAGUACAAUUAUUUGGUUAGGAGUCCAUACGCUUGAGGAGCACUGGAUUGUUUUUUCUAGCAAUUGACUUCUGUGAUUAGUUUGACUUUUAUUAAUAAAUGAAUAUAAAAUCGAUUCCG